AUGGCACCCCCUAAGCCCAAUACUAAACCUCCAAAGAAGGCCGCAGUCAUUCAUAACGUAGCCAAAAUUGCCUCCGAGAGCGACAAGUUCAGGAGGGUCGUCUGGACCGGAAAGCACAGCCAGAUGGUCAUCAUGACCGUCCCUGUCGGUGGGGAAAUUGGAGAGGAGACGCAUUCCGUGGAUCAGCAUCUCUACUUUGUGUCUGGUACCGCACAGGUGAUCACAGAAGGAAAGCACGAUAACAUCAGCCCGGGGGACCACGUUAUCAUUCCAGCUGGGACGCUGCACAACUUCCUUAACACAGGUCCUAAUCCUCUCAUAGUCUCCACGGUGUACGCUCCCGCGGAGCACAAAGCGGACACGGUUCACGACAGUCUGGAGCAAGGUGAAAAACUUGAGGAUGAAGGCAAGGAUGAACCUCCGGAGUGGGCGAGGAAGUGA